AUGUCAUCUCACUUUUCAACGUUUGGCUCUCAACAAGAUGGGCGAGAUGUUGUGUACCAAUUGUCCCACUGGGUCACACCCGCCGUCCUGACGGUCACGGCGCUGGUAGUCAGCCUUGCUACAUUCCGAGUUCUGUCUUCACGGAAAAAUCACACGCCAGCUUCUCGGGCCUCGUUCCCCCGGGGGAAGCUGAGUGACUUUACCAUCACCGCUCGGAACGGCGAUGUGACAAAAGUGUCGGACCUCCCCGACGGUUGGUGGACUUCGGAGACGAACUUCGACGACGAGAAACGGUCUAUAUUGGUCAAGAUGCCCAUCGCCGUGGCGCACGCGAGCAUGUUCCAAACCCCCGGGAGUUAUCGAGUCGUCCUGCAUCCGGCAGGCUUCCCUUUGUUCCUCGUCCUGGGCAAGGACCGCGUUCUGCGGUGCUUUCACAACGUGUGCAGGCACCGUGCGUACCCGGUCGUUUCGACCAAGCAGGUGGGCUGCACGCCGGUCCUGUCAUGUAGAUACCACGGCUGGUCGUACGACCUCAAGGGUCGCCUGGUCAAGGCACCCAAAUUCGACGGGUUGAAAGGAUUCCACCCCGAACAAAACUCGUUGUUCGAGGUCUAUGUGCGCACCGACGGACACGGGUUCAUUCAUGUCGACCUCAGCCUCGAACCUCGCUCGGAUGCCCAUAUUGACACCACCACGCCAAAGAGAUUCGUGGAGAGUUGGGACGUCGAGGGGGCAUUCAACUGGAAAUUCGCCGAGUCCACAGACGCCUUUUCGCUGCCGUCAAUCAGUCCUCAAAAUGUCGGACUGGUCAAGAAUCUAUCGCAGGGGCAUGAGAAGCCCUCUAUCAUGUCGGACAUUUUCACCUUGAGAGCCCCCAGUUCUUACCUUCUGAUUACGAUCUUCCCGUCAGAAGCAGCGAAAUGCAAAGUCACCUAUACAGUUGUGGCAAAAUCCUCGGAGUCAGCAACUUCAUCUGCCAUUAGACUCAAGUCCGACGUCGCUCAAUGCAUUUCUCGACUGGAAGAGCUCCACGCCAAGGUUGGAGCCUCGAAUACAACCGCCCCAAGCGCUCACGAUGUGGUGUUUCUAGAAAUGCUCCAUUCCCAUCUUCGCAUGGAGCGAGAAAUCGGAAGGAAAAGCUGGCCAGUCUUACUGGGAAGCAAGGAAAACAGUACCAGAUUCAAUGCUGCCGAGACUUUGUGUCGGGAUCUCGAAGUUGAUGCGACUCGUAAGAAAGGAAAAGGAUCGCUUGACGGGAUCAACUGGUAG